GGAAGUAGUUUCUAUCGGCACCAAACAAGAGGCUGUUCUGUGAGCAGCUCUGUUAGCUCGCUGAUAACCACAUCGGGUCGUUGCAAUAUUUUUGUUAGAGAUUAAUCCGCGAAGAAACGAUGCGAGGAGUCGGACCUUUGAAAGUGAACCUCUCCGUGUCAGGUGUGUUAGUUCGUGGAGUUUGAGAGGCGGGAAAUGACCGAAGCUAGCCUGUUAGCUUAGUUUGGCUAACGUAGUCGAGGCCAGCUCCGUGUUUUAGAGAGACAUUCGUCAAAUUAACAUCUUUAAUUAACAAUCAGAGCAGGUUUGAACCCUGGCAGACACGAACUAAAGGAGUUAGAGUCCGGGUGGAGGCUGGUUUGGAUGGUCUAGCUCCACAGGAAAGUGCAGUAGUCAUGGAGGAUUUCAGCUCCAUCAGUCUGCUGUCUCUGGCCAUGCUGGUGGGAUGUUAUGUGGCUGGGACUAUUCCUUUGGCUGUCAACUUCUCAGAGGUAAGAACAACACUUCAGGAAGAUCUGAGCAACUUAAAGCUACUGUAGGGAGCUUUAAAGUGACGUUUCAUUUAUUCUUUAUGAGCCACAAACACAACAGCUGUUAGUUUAGCUGACAUCUACUCCCUUCAUAAUAGUUUUUAAACAUCAGAUAUUACAGAAUAAAAGUGAUCAGUCUGGUCUGUGAUGUUGUUUGUUCACAAAUAGGAAUUUUAGUUUAUUUAAUUAAUGUCAAAAAUCCCCCCCACAGUAGCUUUAAUCAAGAAAGACAGACAAAUUGAUGGAUUGAUAGAUAAUUUAUUGAUCGAGAGGGAAAUUAUUGUGUCAAAAGAGUUUACAAGGAUCAUCACAUCCAUCACCAAACAAUUCCCAUCCUCCUGUAUCUGAAAAAGCUCAUAAUAGCUGAUAAAAACUUUUAUUUUUCUCUUUUACCUCGAUGUUAUUGUGACUUACUGUCUUUUUAGUCUUUGCUUUACUUUUAAUCUUUUCUUAUUUAACCUUUUAGUGAUUUUAUAGUUUUUUCCUGCUCAUUUUUGUUAUUCCGUUUUAUCAUCAUUAUUGUUUUGUUAUGGUUUUAUUAUUAUUAUUAUUCUCCUCUUUUUAUAUUGACUAUCCUGCUUCCUACCCUCCUUUUCUAUUACAUUUCUUCUUCUUACCUUUUUAAUGUUUUUGUUUUGGUCCUCAUGUUCUCAUUUUAUGUUGUCAGGUUUUUGUAUUGUUUUGGUUUCUUAUGAAAAAUGAAAUUGGCUUUAAUCCAGAGGUCUUGUUUUUAACCGAGCUUUUGUUUUUAAUUUGUUGAUGUUCUGUGCUUUACGACUGUUUGUCAAAGCACUGUAAACUUUUGUUUUUAAAAGUUCUAUAAAAAUAAAAUAAAGUUAUUCUGUGGAAACAUGAAUGUACGCACUGAGGAAACGUCAUUUUAAAACUCAAGAUAAGAAACAACACUGGAGGUUUAGGUUAAAAUAUAGAAACAGAAUGAAAUUAAAGAAAUAAUAAAUAAAAUGAAAUAAAAACAACAGUAAAAGAAACUAAAAUAAGAGCACCAGAAUAGCUCAAUAAAAGAUGAUCCUAAAAAGAGAUAAAUGCUAAAACACUUAAUGAUGUAAAAUUUAGUUAAAAGCAAGUCUUAAAAGGUACGUUGAUACUCAUUUCUCUUAAUAUGUCAAGGUGGUGUUACUGCCAUCACUUCUUUCUCGUUCACUCAUGAAAACUAACAGAAGUUUGUCCUUCAGGUGACUUUUCUGCCUCAUUAAAAUCUCCUCUCUCAGGUCUGGAUUGAUCGCUGAGCUCAUUAUUUGCUCCUGCUCUGAUGUUUGUUGACAGAGCGUCUAUCAGCUGAUGUUAAUGUUCAACUGAUGGAUCCUUGCACCGCUGGACUAAUGUGUCUGUGCAGAGAAGGGAUGGAAAAAGUGUCUUAAUGUAGUGCUGUCCAUCCUCUGCAACAUUAAAAUAACAAAAUAUAAUAAGUUUGAAAACAACAUGUUGAAAUUAAACACGUAAAAAACACAUUUUCUGCCACAUAUUCAGCCUCCAAGUGAUGUAGAUGAACUUGAAGAGACGAGACCCUUCAGUUUGAACUCUUGUGAUUUGUUCAUUAGCUGCAAACUUUGACACAGCUUUGACCUUUGGAGCAGACAAUCAGAAAAGUUCCUGGGACCAAAGAUUGAAGGUUCCUGUUCUCGUCUGUAUGAUGUAAGUUAGAAAAUAUGAAGGAAGUGGACCUGAAAUAGAUUUUUUGAAUGUGGGUGUUCAACAUUUGCACAGGAGACGAGUCUCUAAUAUCCCAGUUUUAGCUUUGAGCAGGUUUAACUAAAGCGUCUCUGUCGUCCAGCACAGACGCAGAAGAAUAGCGGUAAUCUGUCUCUGACGUUUCCAAAUACUCUGAGAGUUUAAGGUCAAUCCCUGCCGGUACCUUUGAUUACAUCACGGCCGCUGUGAUGUUAUCAAGCUUUCAACUCUGUCUGCUGUUUGUGAGGAUUAAAAACAAUGAGAUAAUCUUGUGCUGAAGAUUUGUGUUUUUGUUUGUGUGUCUGCAGGAGAGACUGAAGCUGAUCACGGUGCUGGGCGCAGGGCUGCUGUGUGGGACCGCGCUGGCUGUCAUCAUUCCUGAGGGGGUCCACGCACUUUAUGAGGAAAUACUUGAAGGUAAAGAGAAACAGGAAGUAAACGAAACACGAAACACACGAGCAGGAGUUCCCCUAACAGGAACACACGCAAAUAAGAUACUGAAGCUACUAAGAUGAGGUGUACGAUAAAUGAGAUUAUGGAUGAAAAUCUGGAUUUAAGAUAAGUGAGGACCGACAAACUCUCUCUUUAAAUCUUUUAUCUUUUGGCGAGAGCUACAGGAGCCUGAAGGGCCCAAAGGGAAAACAAGCCGAGUGUUUACAUACCGCACAUACUUGAGCGUACAGUUCACUAUAGACGGAUACAGAACAAAGUUCAGCCUCGGGUGAAAAACAAUCAGCUGACGUCCGUUUCUCUUACAUAAGGAAACUCGUCAGACACAGAUGUUUGAGCAGAGAUCAUCGGCGUUGAUUCGGUUUUCUUUAAACUUGGAUUUAUAAAGAAAUUUAUGAUGUUUGUGCUGAAAAGGUGUUUUAUAAAGUCAGCAGAUAAAACAGAAAAUCAGGAAAAACUCUCUGACGUUAACCCUGAAUGAAGUUUCAGGACUCGUCUCUCCUCCUGGUUAAAGUCAGCUGUUUUCAGGUCGUGUUUCUCCCUCUCUCUCUGCAGGUGGUCACCCCGGUCACGGCCACGGCCAGGCCAGUGUCUUAGUAGCAUCCGACGCUAAAGUUGAAGGUGAAGCGGCUCUGAGCGCCGGAGCAGAGCACGAGCACAGUCACGAGCAGCUCCACGCCUGCAUCGGGGUGUCUCUGGUCCUGGGCUUCGUCUUCAUGCUGCUGGUGGACCAGAUCGGCAGCUCUCAUGUCCACAGCACUGAAGGUCGGUGUCCAACUCAAGGUCACAAAGACGUGAUUCUUCAAAACGUACAAACACAGGUCCAGUUUGUUUAAUACUCGUCAUGAGUGAAUCUCCUCCUGCAGGAAUUCAUUCUGUUGACUUAGACCAGACUCACGUCCAGAUGGUUCAGAUGAAGAUCUGGUCGUAACAGACGCAUGGAUGCUCAAAUCUUUGGGCUUUUUUUGAGCAGCUAAUUUUCUGCAAACUGUUAACGAAGUCUGUCAAAUCUCUGUGUGCUGCUUCUCAAAAUAAAACCAGAUUAAAGUUUGUGAAAAGAAAGUUGUUUGAGUGAAAUAUUCAUCUUUUAAAAGUCGAUCCUUUAACAUCUAAAGUUUUAAUUUUCCCUCGUUUAUGAUUUUGUUUCUGUCGUCUUCAGAUCCAGAGUCGGCCAGAGUCUCCUCCUCUAAAAUCACCACCACUCUGGGUCUGGUGGUCCACGCUGCAGGUGGGUCUGCUCCUGAAUCUGUCUCAGCUCUUCGUCGUGGUUUCAGAUACGAGCUCUGCGUCUGUCCAAGUUUUCAUUUCUCUGUUUUGUUGUCAGUGUUUGUUUACUCAAACUGCAGCUCGAUAUCAGAGCGCAGUUAUUAAAGAGUCGAAGGUCGAGUUUGUUAAAGGUGUGUGAAUCUCUCUCUCGUCUCCAGCUGACGGUGUGGCGUUAGGAGCCGCCGCCUCCACCUCUCAGACCAGCGUCCAGCUCAUCGUCUUUGUGGCCAUCAUGCUGCACAAGGUAGUUACAGUCCUGAACAUGUGACUCAAAUCUGAGUUUUUAAACAGAUUUACUCCUUAAAACUCUCCUUAAAUAAACUCAGAGCUCUAACAGAUCCACGAGGGAGGAGAUCAGCUGUAGAGUCGAGGUUCUUCACUCAUGAACCUUCAGACGUCUUUUGUUUACUUAGAGGGAUGGUGACUGACAGGAGGCGUGAGUCAGGUCAGGUUAACUUUGUUAUUUCAGUCGUGUUUCAGUGAGACGACGUGUUUCUAUCAGACUGUGACGCCUCAGAGGAAGAAGAAGAGUUAUCAGACAAAGAGACGUUAGAGGUCAGAGGAAGGAAGUAAAACCAGAGCAGCGUCAGCGUCUCUCUCCAGGAAGUGAAGUAGAUCUAGUGUAAAUAGACUCAAACAUCAUCAGACAUGAAAUAGAUCCCAGCAGAUGUUCUCAGAUGUUUGCUCUGUGGGGCGUCUCUGUUCAGAUCAAGUUAAAUUUGAUCUAACCUGCUCUGAUUCUUCUCUGUCCUCUUCAGGCUCCGGCGGCGUUCGGUCUGGUCUCAUUCCUGAUGCAUGCUGGUCUUGAGAGAAACCGCAUCCGUAAACACCUCCUGGUCUUCGCCUUGGCAGCCCCCGUCCUCGCCAUGCUCACCUUUUUAGGCCUCAGUCAGGUAAAUAUUCACGUCUGUUUUCCUCCAAUCAGGAUCAAGUUUGUUCGUUUUAAAUCUGGUCCUCACCGGGUUUGUUUCUCCUCCCCUCUCAGAGCAGUAAGGAGGCGCUCUCAGACAUCAACGCCACGGGCGUGGCCAUGCUCUUCUCCGCCGGCACCUUCCUCUACGUCGCCACCGUCCACGUCCUCCCCGAGGUGGGAGGCGGCGGCCACAGCCACGCUCCCUCAGGAGGAAACGGCGGCAAAGGACUGAGCAAGCUGGAGGUGGGGGCUCUGGUUCUGGGCUGCCUCAUCCCUCUGGUGCUGUCCGUGGGUCACCACCAUUAAAACCCGGAUCAGACCAUGUACAGAGAGAGAGACUUCGAACACGCCGGGUCUGAACGUCUGAUUCUUGGUGGACCGGACCGCUGCUGGUUUCAGGGACGUCUUUAGACUCAAACUGACCUGAAAACUGUUGAUGUUGAUGAAGUCUGAGCUGCACCUCCUCAGCUCCUGUUUGAGUCCAUGUACCCACCUGAAACCUGUCGGAGAGGCGGACCCGCUACUUUUCUUUAUUCGCAUCACUGUGGAGGUUAAAGGUCGCGUUAAUGAGAUCGAGAAGCGACCCCAGACCCGAUCACAGCGAUGUUUUCUCUGACCACAGUUGCACAGUUGAGAUUUAGAGUCUUGAGUCGAGCCCGAGAGAUCAAGACGGGAAACGUAGUUUUUUUUUUUAAUCUAACGGCGGCGAAGAGUCCUAGCAACGAUCCAGAUUGUCAAGUGCCAUAUCAGCCGGACGAGAGGGGGCGCUGCUGCUCCGGAUGAGGCUCGGAGAGCAACCCAAAUAAGAAAAACAAGCAGUUUGACCCCGAAGAUCUCCGACUCUGAAGACCAACUUUGACCUGCUGCUUCCUGUCCUGCUUUACUUGCAGAGUUUCUAACUUUAAGACGAGUUUGAGAGUAAAUCUGUAUAGAAUUGUAAAGUGAUCGUAUCGAGUGUGUUGAAGCUUUUUUUAGAGGUGGAGGGUAGCUGAGAUCUUUCUCUACAGGAGGCAUUAUCUGAACACUUUAGGGACCAUCACCUCAGACGAGCAGAACUCUAGUUUUUGUUUUAGUUUCAGAGUCACACCUGAGCAAUAAUCACACCUGUGAACCCGGAGUGAGGACGCUCCCGCCUUCAUCUCGGCAUCAUGAACGCAGCGGCAGACGGUGCGUUCGAGUGGUGGAUAUUGUGAGUGUUCCUGUGUCACUGUGCGGCGCUCACUGUGUGUAAAUGUCUGUACAGAGAUCCUCUCAUGAGACGAACUGCUGACUCACAAACUCAUUUUUUUUAAAUCGUUACUUUUUGGAAACGAACGGACUGUUCGGACGAGGAGGAGGAGAAAGAGGAGGAGGAGGAGUCUCUGUUCUCUGUAUAAAUUGGAAACCUUAAACUCGUGUGAUUGGAGGAGGAGGAGGAGGAGGAGGAGGAGCUUCUUCAGGUUGGGGGUGUUCGCAUGCAGGCCAGACACUGCAUGACUGUUUCUUUAUCCUUUUUUUUAUUUUUAACGGGACGCUCUACGUUUGUACAAAAACUUUGUUGGUUUACAGUCGGGUUUGUUGGAGGACAGCCUCAUUAUGUGCAACUAUCUGAACCCCUGCUGACCUCUGACCUCUGAGUUUCCUUUAGACUAAUUCAGGGUCCAACAUGUGCAGAUUAUUUAAUCUUUAAAUCUCUGAAAGAAGAUAGAAAAGUCUUAAAUCAUCUUUCUCUCAAAACCUGUGUUUGAGAAAUCCAGAAUUUUAACCCCAAUCUGUCGCCUGUAACCACUUUAUCUACUUUCUCAGGAGCUUCUAUUAAGGAGAGAUGAUGAAGAAAUAAUAUAUAAACUUUUCAAAAUAGCUAAAAUGAUAAAAUGAUUAUUAUAUUAAAUCUUACAGAUGGUAACUGUGAGGCCGGUCUGUUACAGCUCAGAGUCCAGAGAAAACCAUGUCAUCUGAAGUGCUUUUAUUUUGAAGGAUUCCUCCAGAUUUUGUGGAUUAGAUUAUAGCAGGUUUCAUGCAUGAACAAUAACAGUUUGAGGAGCGUGCACGUGAAGAAAACCUGAAAAUAAUCUGCAGAAAAGGAACCAGAAUCAAAUGUUUGGAGAUGCAGGAUUUAAGAGCAGGAUUAUAACAUCAGAAAUGUUGAUGUUGUCGCUCUUAGCGCCAUAAAAAUGUCAAAAUACUGGAGUCUGAUUGGCUGACAGGAGCUGCCCUUCAAAGUAAAACAACAUAAAUAAACGUUCAUCUUCCUGCAGGUGGACUUUGAUGCACAUACUGAGGCUGUUCAGAGGAAAGUCCUCAGACCUGGUCCGGGUCCGGGUCGGUCCGUCUCUCCUUCUUCUUAUUUUCUGUCAUUCCAGAUUGAGUCUGCCUUAUUUCCAAACUUCUGAUUGUGAAGAGCAGUUGUGAAGCGGUUUGUGUUUUAUGACGACUAAAUUAAAGUUUUUUAACUGGUGAAACAGACGCUGAAGUUCUGAUGAUUUACAGAAACUUACUGUUAAAAACACACAGAGGGUGU